GUAGAGUUUUAUGUGAACGUGACAGGACUGACCGAAAACAUGGGGACAGUUGUAAAAUAGUAUUUAUUUGUAGAAUUUAUGUAUAAUUUCAUGUUUUUAAUCAAUUGAUGUGAAUGAUAACAGCUUAAACUUGUUAUUGAUGGAGUUUUUUUUUUUUUAUAAAUAACAGUGUUUAGUGUAACAAAACUAUGAAAGCUGUAGCUCCAAUUUGGCUAAGGACAAGGACAAAAACAGGAUUUGUAAUUUUCAAAAGUGUUUUUAAUAAAGAAAACAAUAUCUGAGAACCUAAUGAAUGACAUAUUCAUUUACAGAACAACUCACAGAAAUCAACCAUCAGUCAGUUUUAGACAUUUUUUGGAUGAAAUACUUUUUAGUCACUGUAACAACACAAGGACAGAUAAUGUACGGUUCUGGUAGAAUGUCCCAUAGACAUUAUAAUAAACACUAGAUGCCCUAUUGGCCGCUGGACCAUACGUCAACGGCGCCGCCAUAUAGUGCGGGGCAACGUUCCCGUAACGCUCAUAACUGGAACGGAGAAAAAUGCCUGCUUCGUGUGCUGCUUGGGGCUGUACAAAUCACUGCACAAUUGAAAACAGGUCUCUGGGAAUUACCUUUCACAGUGUAACAUGUAGUGUUGUAGUAGAGACGAGGCAUACACGGAGAUCCACAAUAUUGGGUAUUUUAAUCAAACGAAGGAGAAUAACAACCAAUACACAUAUACUUCUCACAUAUUUAAGGUUUCCCAAAGACAAAGAGUUGAGGAGACAGUGGGAAGUAGUUAUAAGAAGGGAAGGUUCUUCCUCAAGCAAGUUCUCUGUGCUUUGCAGUGGGCACUUCAAACCGGAGGACUUUGACAGGUCAGGUCAGACUGUCAGGAUUAGGGAUGGAGCUGCACCAUCGGCCUUCUGUUUCCCGACUCAUCUACAAAGACCCGUUGCAACCAGGGAUACACAAGCCUCAAUGAAAGCUAAGGAGAGCCUGUCAGUGCACUGUUCUCACCAUUUCCAAGAGACUGAUCCUCCUCUGCCUAAUGCUGUGAGUAUUUGUUCUAGUUAAACCCAGAACUGCUGGGAGCAUUACGGCCCUGGCAGGGUUCCCACUCGUCCUGGAAAACCUUGAUGACAAACUUUCCAA